UUUAUGUAUGGACCACCCAAUAGAGAAGCUCUCAAUAAUUGGGUAGUGGUGAGGUCUUGGGAUGCUUUUAUCUUCCACAAAACUUGGCAUCUCAACAACACAGCAAAUCAUAUAUUUUUGGUUCAUCAAAAAAUGGAAUCAAAUCAAGAUAUGGAGACGAUGAAAGAGGCAAUCCACAGGCUCAUCGAAGAGAAAAGAAUCAAAGAUACAUCCUCUGAUGUCAACCUCUCUCAAGACGAUGAACAGCAGCUCCUCUCCAGAUUACUUUCUCAGUUAGAAUCAUUGAAAGAAGGAAGUUCUACAAGUCUCGACAAGCCAAUAACCAAAACAGGCAAUGAAGAAGAAAACGGUGAAAAGAGAGCAGAGGAAGAAGACAUAGUGAAAGAGCUGAAAGCAGUGAGGAGACAAAACACUAUAACCCACUGUCUGCUCUCGGCCCUCAUUGUUGUCACUUUAAUUUGGGAAUUCUCCGAGGUCUCCAUGUUCCUCAAACUCCAAAACGGUCUUAACCACCCUUUCAAAUCGUUCGGAAAUUGGUUCGCCGGGAUGUUGUCAAGCCGCGGUGUCACCGAUGGAAGUGGCACCGACAGCAAUGAUGAUGAUCCAAUGCUCCCUUCUGUUAGAAUGCCUGAGCUUCCCCACGUAGAGUUUCCGCCUAUGGGAUCCAAUGGUGAACAACAGUGAAAAUCUUCAAAACAAUUCUAUGUUUCUAUCAAUUUUCACAUGUUUUUAUUUAUUUUUUAUGUGAUCUAAUAUGUAAAAAUAAAAUUUACAUUUAGUUUCAAAGUUAUGCAAUUUUAAACUAAAUAAGUGUGAAAGAAUUAAACAAAAAAUAUUCUGAUCUAUUAUAUAAAUAAAUAAAUAAUAUUUAAAGUUAUUUUUUUUAUUAAA